CUAUCUUUGCAUUUGGAAAGGGAUAAAGUUUGUUUCUCCUCGCUAGGUUGUGUAUGUCACAGCCACCUUCCCCUACAUCAUGCUGAUGAUCCUCCUGAUUCGUGGAGUGACGUUACCAGGUGCUUCCGAGGGGAUAAAAUUCUACCUGUACCCCGACAUUUCUCGGCUCUCUGACCCACAGGUGUGGGUGGAUGCUGGCACACAGAUAUUCUUCUCUUAUGCCAUCUGCUUGGGGUGCCUGACAGCCCUGGGAAGUUACAACAACUACAACAACAACUGCUACAGAGACUGCAUCAUGCUCUGCUGCUUGAACAGUGGCACAAGUUUUGUUGCUGGUUUUGCUAUCUUUUCAGUUCUUGGAUUUAUGGCUUAUGAACAAGGCGUGCCCAUUGCAGAAGUUGCAGAGUCGGGACCAGGACUUGCAUUUAUAGCUUACCCUAAAGCUGUAACCAUGAUGCCUCUUUCUCCGCUGUGGGCAGCUCUGUUCUUCAUGAUGCUCAUAUUCCUUGGAUUAGAUAGUCAGUUCGUGUGCGUGGAAAGCAUCGUGACAGCUGUUGUGGACAUGUACCCAAAGGUGUUCCGAAGGGGCUACAGGAGAGAACUGCUCAUCCUUGGCCUCUCCAUUGUGUCGUAUUUCCUUGGCCUCAUAAUGUUAACUGAGGGGGGGAUGUAUGUCUUUCAGCUGUUUGACUCCUAUGCAGCCAGUGGCAUGUGCCUUCUCUUUGUUGCCAUAUUUGAAUGUGUCUGCAUAGGCUGGGUGUACGGCAGCAAUCGCUUCUAUGAGAACAUUGAAGAUAUGAUUGGGUACAAACCCCUGUCGUUGAUUAAGUGGUGCUGGAUGGUCAUAACUCCAGGUAUUUGUGCAGGAAUCUUCAUCUUUUUUCUGGUGAAAUACAAGCCUCUGAAAUACAACAAUGUGUAUAUAUACCCUGACUGGGGCUAUGGCAUAGGGUGGAUGAUGGCACUAUCUUCCAUGGUCUGUAUCCCUUUGUGGAUCUGCAUUAAGCUGUGGAAGACAGAAGGCACUGUCAUGGAGAAAUUCAGGAAGUUGGUUACACCCAGCUCAGAUCUGAAAAUGAGGGGGAAGCUUGGAGGAGGAGCCUACAUAGCAGCAAUAAAUGACUGCGAUGCCAAACUGAAAGGAGAUGGCACCAUUUCAACCAUCACAGAAAAGGAAACACAUUUCUAAAAGAACUAUCUUUUUUUUUUUUUGAUUGUUUUAUUUUUUUUGUAUAAAUAAAUAAAUAAAUUCACUUAAUUAUAGAGGCUGGCUUGUUUUGCACAAAAUUUUAUUAACCAGUUAAUUUUAAAGUGAAAACUGUAUACUUGUUUAAAAGUGAUUUUUUUAAAAUUAUAAGUAAUGAUCAUGUAAAAGAAAAAGAAAUAGUAUUAUAUGGUCUGUUAGUGAUGACUUCUUGUAAUAUGGUGAUUUCAGUAAAUGUUCCUUUUUAGAAGUUAGAGGGACCUGUACUAUGUGCUGUAAAACUUUUCUACUUUGUUUUCGGGCAGGUGUUGAUGUUGUAGAGAUCUCUGCCUUCUAACCUGUAAGCAUUUCAGACCAUUUCAGCUUUUCAUGUAUGUAUAUAAAGGGAACCAGACUGUCCUGUUA